UGUCUAACAGACUGGAGCUGUCUCCAGGCAAGCGUUUGAGAGGAGAGGGAAGGUAAGGAAGAGAGAGUUUGAGUGAGGUAUGGUCAUGGCUGAUGAUAUCCAAAGUUUCUCAACUGAAUUUUCUGCAACAGCUGACAAAUCGGGAGUUUGGAAAGUUUAAAAACGUCUUUGGUCACUUUGUAAAGAGCCGAGCUGCAACUGUCAAACCUCUGUAAGCGCUCGGAAAGUUGCACCCGAGACAAAGACUGUUCUGGGGACUGCCCUUAGAGCUCGAACUUACAUCUGCGCUGCACUGACAGGCGGAGGAACGGUACAGACUGAACUAGUGUCGCCGAAGGGGUUCGCUUUAAAAGGAGAAAAAACUUAUCGGAUAAAGUCCUAAAUCCACUUUUGCAUCGACAAAUGCGCUAAAACUAUUCCAUUAAGGACUUUAUGGAGACGAGAAGAAGAGUUGUGGUGUCUUCGAGACGCGAAAGUUAGAUAAGAGGAGAGCAGAAGUGGAGUGGAGAUCACCGGAGAGUGAGAGGAGAGUCUACCUGAAAAAGGGGUCAGAUAAUGAAUUAGCGAACACGGAGUGACCUGUGUCCCACUCCCAGCCAAAACUAAGCUUGACUCCUGUUCCCCCAGCCCCAGUGAGCCAAUGGAUGUGGAGAGGGGCCCUCCUGUCAGCUCACCUGAGCCCCCUGAUGAUGGGGACCCAUGUCCCCCCACGGACAACCCAGUCCCCACCCCCAGUCCAACCCCCACCCCCACCACAGGUCAACCCCAGACACGAUCUACCCCUAUACAUCCCACCCAGCCUUGCCUAACCCAGCCCACCAGCCAGCUACGCAGCGGAGCAAAGCCCCACACACACACCCCGCACUGCACACACACCGCCAACACACAUGCCUCUCACCCCAAUGGAGUGAGGAACGGAGGGCUCCAUGAUCGGCCGGCCCCCAACUCCCUACCCAGGGCGGCCUCUUCCUCCUCCUCGUGUUCCUCAUCGGGGAUGAAGAACCCUAAGAAGCUCCAGUCCAACCCCUCCAUCACCUCUCAGAGCAGCAAGAGGAGCAAGAGCUCCUCCAAGAGCAACAGCUCCCAGAUACCUAUAGAGGCACAGGAUGACUGUUGUGUUCACUGUAUCCUGGCCUGUCUGUUCUGUGAGUUCCUGACUCUGUGUAACAUCGUGCUGGACUGUGCCACCUGUGGUUCGUGUGCUGGGGACGACUCGGCGUGUUUCUGUUGCUGCUGUGCAUCAGAGGAGUGUGGCGACUGUGAGCUGCCGUGUGACAUGGACUGUGGGAUCAUCGACGCGUGCUGCGAGUCUGCAGACUGCCUGGAGAUCUGUAUGGAGUGCUGUGGCCUCUGUUUCUCCUCCUGAGCCUUUCAAACUACACAGGGUGAUAAAUAUAUAUAUAUUUAUCUCACACACUGACACAGCUCAGGCUCAGUCAGAGAUACUGUAUAUAAUGACAAGAUGGUCUUGUCUCCAACCUAACAAUGGGAGUCAUUGUCCCAAAGGCAGGCGGUCUGCUUAUCGGUCUGCUUAUCGCUUCACCUCUUCCUCUCUGGCUCAGUAGAGAGGGCAGUGGAGGGGCGGAUCAUUGGUCAAUGUAAGGACAUAUCAUUGGCUUUGACCAAGGUAGAGCGCUGACAUUGUUCGAUGUUGUGGACAAUCCGUUGGAAUUGACCAAUCAAAGGACAGGGAAUACUCUCUGACUUCUCCUGCUCACCUCUGUGUUGCUUGUCGGUUUACUAUAUCUCUCAUUGUUAUGCAGAUGUUUUGCUUAGACCGAUAUGGGAUUUUUGGGUCUGAUAACAAUAGGAGGGAGGCGAAGUCACUGAUUUACUGAUAUAUCACCCAAUAUAUUGUUUUUAGAGGUGAAUAACAUACUUUUUUUACACAAAUUGUGCUCCAAAGGAUUAACAAAUACUCUAAAUUAUAAUUUCUUAACAAAAUAUUAAAAUAAACAUUAUUUAAGUUAUCCACGAAAAAGCAACUAUAUCCUCUAUAAAUACAACACUAAAACUGGUUUAGUGUCCCUUCUUAAACAAAUCUUUUAAGUUGUCCCUAUCUAUGGCAGUGGAUAAGAAGUAUGCAAAAGUGCUUGUGUUAAACCACCACAAGGUUGAAUGAAUUAAACUUAGUCUCAAAGUAAAUCUGAAACUGCACUGUUCACAAAAAAGCAUUGAAAUGCAGUAACAUGCUGUUCCUAAUCUCACCGCUAGGUGUCAGCGUCAGCAUUUGUCUUGCGUAGAUUUACCAGCGUCUACAACAGUCAGAGGUCAUGUAAACAAACACUUUAUGGCAACCUUGCAAUGAGAGUAGGAUAUGACAAGCACAAGCUAGCUGUUCAUUACUACAAUGUUUUCUUACAGAAACCAUAUCUACAUCACUGUUAUUCAAUACGAAUAUAUUGGCUGUAAUUUUCAGCUGCAAAUGGCUUGCGCUGAUGACUAAAAACAUUUAUGCAGGCAAAUGAUUGCCGCACUUGUUUUAGUCACACGUUCUCAUUUAGCUAGCUAGCUAGAGUUAUCUCAUCAUGAACGCAAGCACAUGGCCUGCCUUUUGCAGAUGACAUAUUUCGGACAACAAACUAAAUAAAUCCACUGGCUAAUAUAAUAGGCCCAGACAGUAACAGUGUUAUUUUUGUAUCAAGAACAAUUGUUCACUUUGGCGCCCGUUCAGUGUUACACAUAAGUAGCAUAGAUUGCUAGCUAGCAAAGUGAGCUACGUUGCUGGCUAGAUAGCUGAGCGUACGUUAACUAAGUGAUAAUGUGAUGAGGACAGGGCUGCUUGCUUGGUGAAGUGUACUUUUGAUUAUAUACUUAUUCAAAUACGUUGGCUGUGGCAAGCUACUCACAGUCUAACCACCAUGCCUACUUUCUCACGUUGUGACCUAGGCCUGAAUGAUGUUCAAUGAGCAGCUCAUAGAGUGCCCUCUUCAGGCAACCAUUGACCAUUAAAAAAGUGACCAUAAAUGAGCAGACGUAUUUGUUUAUUCUAUGUAUAUAAUGUAACGAAACAGCAGGGAGCAGGUCUCGAACCCACGACCUUCGACUGUGCCGCAAAAGCAUGCUCAAGCGGCAGAGUCGAUUUCCGCGCUUAUAAACCCAGGGUCGUUACAAUAAUAUCUAUUCUUUAUCUGUAGAAUAAAUAGCGAAACAAAUCUUUCUGCUAAAGGCUAAUAUCGGUCAACUGAUCUAUCAGUCGGGCUCUAGUCUUUCUACUGUAAGGUCGCUGUGCUCCAGCGAUGGUUCUGGACAGCUUCUCUCUCUGGACUGUUCUUUUGGACUCUGUGAGCCAUCUCUUAUUCCAGCAGAACACCCUGUGUCUCCAAGGGCUCAGCAGCACAAUGACUGGCUCUCCAUGCAUGAUAAUGACCUUGAAGGCAAAUGAGAAAAUGGCCCCAUUUAACAGGAUUUUUGUGUUUCAGUAGAUAAGACUGCAGAGUAAUGGGAAAUGGUCGCUCAGAUCUGAGCAGCACUCUAGUUUGUCCUUGGCAAGGUUAAAGUCUUCCAGUUUUAGUGCUAACCGUUUCUUUCUCGACGUGCACAGUCCAUGUGGAGGAGGGUCUCUCUACCAUGGUUGUCCUGUCAGAGUUGCUGGGACUGGGAGUAGGGGGCUCAGCUACAAACCAAUGGAAAUGGGCCAACAAUGCUACAGACAUUUUGUUCCAUAGCCCAUUAUUAGCACAUCUAAUUCAGCUAAUCAAGAUAUUGAUUUUUAGUUGAUGAUAUUAAUCAGGUGUGUUAGUGCUGGGCUGAAUGAAAGUCUGCACACCCUUUGACUCUCGAAGAUCAGGAGUGAAGAAAACUGGUCACUACAGUAGAGUCCCAUGUUUGUCCAUGACCCGUAGGCGCGUUGUAGACAGACCUAGCAAAGGACACAUCCUCCAUCUUACUCAAACGUGUGAAUGGAGAGCUCUUUCUCUUAGGGCUUUCCUCUUUCUGCAAUUUUAUUUUGAAUCUUAACCAUACUGUCUGGAUAUUUUGAAUGAUUUCCAUGUUGUAAACAGAUUUCAGACCUAACAGGUAGACUGGAAGAGAUCAUUCAAACUCUCAAUGCCUUUAUCUGAUAUCUGUCAUUCUCUUGUACUGUACUGUAUUUGAACGGAAGGCCUCCACUUUACUCCAGGCCUGGAUUGUCUCUCCUCACUACAAAAAUGAUAUCAAUCCAUCUUAUUUUAUGUAAAAAAAAAAUUAUCUUCCAGUAUGAAAAUUACAUUUCUAUGUUAUCAGUUCCAACCUCUCUCCCUGUAAAGCAGUAGUUCUGCUAACUAAUUUGAAUGGUACGUAGAUAAGUUGUAUGAUUAUAGAAUAGGUUCUGCAAACUCAAACACUACAACACAUACCCCUUUCUGCCCAGCAACUCAUAUGCAAUUUGGACUAAAUCAUGUGUUUAUAUUGAAUAUCCUGUGGCUCCUGGUUGCUCUGAUCUGGCACUGUGUGGAUCCUCGCAUGACUGUGUGAGUUUUCUCAUACCAAAGAAAAUAGUUUUUGUAGCUUAGCCUCUGCCAAGUCUCCAACAUCUGGAUGUUCUGGUUUUCAGGGAAAAUGGAAAUAGAGCCUCUGAUGCUAUUUCACUUUUGGACGUUAACAAGACGACUUUCCAGCUUAACUCCUCCUCCACAUUUACUGGAUUGGUUGAACAUUGCCUAAGAUAACCUUUUUUUCUUCUCAUCAAGACCAGUAUGUAGGGGAUCUAGUUUCAGGCGUAUAUUUUACUCCUGCUACGUCAGGUUUGUUUUGUGAUACAUCUUUAUCUAUGGAUCCUAUAUUCUGUACAAGGUUUUCAGCUUGGUUUUAGGGUAUCAUUUGGCUUAUCAAACCAGCCUCUUGCUUUGAUUGAUUCCAAGGGCUUGCAGACGUGUUUUACUGGGUGCACCUGCUAAUGAAAGAUAUGCCUUACUUGGAAUACUAUCAAUCUCUCGUAAGAGGGAUAUCUAUCUGUACUGUACCUCUACACGGGGCCUGAGGUCAAAUUGAAUAGUUGCAUUAAGAUUUUAUCCCUGAUUAUGAAUUAUGUAGAGAUGUUGUGAUAUUGUACAUCCAAUCAAUGUUUGGUAAAGCCCUGGAAAUAUGCCUAGCCCUAACUAUGUAGGGGGUUUUCAUGGAUUUAAAAAAAAAUCAGAAGUGUGAAUUUGAGAGAUACAGUGGGGCAAAGAAGUAUUUAGUCAGCCACCAAUUGUGCAAGUUCUCCAACUUAAAAAGAUGAGAGAGGCCUGUAAUUUUCAUCAUAGGUACACUUCAACUAUGACAGACAAAAUUAGGAAAAAAAUUCAGAAAAUCACAUUGUAGGAUUUUAAAUGAAUUUAUUUGCAAAUUAUGGUGGAAAAUAAGUAUUUGGUCACCUACAAACAAGCAAGAUUUCUGGCUCUCACAGACCUGUAACUAUUUCUUUAAGAGGCUCCCCUGUCCUCCACUCGUUACCUGUAUUAAUGGCACCUGUUUGAACUUGUUAUCAGUAUAAAAGACACCUGUCCACAACCUCAAACGGUCACACUCCAAACUCCACUAUGGCCAAGACCAAAGAGCUGUCAAAGGACACCAGAAACAAAAUUGUAGACCUGCACCAGGCUGGGAAGACUGAAUCUGCAAUAGGUAAGCAGCUUGGUUUGAAGAAAUCAACUGUGGGAGCAAUUAUUAGGAAAUGGAAGACAUACAAGACCACUGAUAAUCUCCCUCGAUUUGGGGCUCCACGCAAGAUCUCACCCCGUGGGGUCAAAAUGAUCACAAGAACGUUGAGCAAAAAUCCCAGCACCACAUGGGGGGACCUAGUGAAUGACCUGCAGAGAGCUGGGACCAAAGUAACAAAGCCUACCAUCAGUAACACACUACGCCGCCAGGGAAUCAAAUCCUGCAGUGCCAGACGUGUCUCCCUGCUAAAGCCAGUACAUGUCCAGGCCUGUCUGAAGUUUGCUAGAGAGCAUUUGGAUGAUCCAGUAGAAGAUUAGGAUAAUGUCAUAUGGUCAGAUGAAACCAAAAUAGAACUUUUUGGUAAAAACUCAACUCAUCAUGUUUGGAGUACAAAGAAUGCUGAGUUGCAUCCAAAGAACACCAUACCUACUGUGAAGCAUGGGGGUGGAAACAUCAGCAUGACAAUGAUCCCAAACACACUGACUGGGCAACGAAGGAGUGGCUUCGUAAGAAGCAUUUCAAGGUCCUGGAGUGGCCUUGCCAGUGUCCAGAUCUCUACCCCAAAGAAAAUCUUUGGAGGGAGUUGAAAGUCCGUGUUGCCCAGAAACACCCCCAAAACAUCACUGCUCUAGAGGAGAUCUGCAUGGAGGAAUGGGCCAAAAUACCAGCAACAGUGUGUGAAAACCUUGUGAGGACUUACAGAAAACGUUUGACCUCUGUCAUUGCCAACAAAGGGUAUAUAACAAAGUAUUGAGAUAAACUUUUGUCAUUGACCAAAUACUUAUUUUCCACCAUCAUUUACAAAUAAAUUAAUUAAAAAUCCUACAAUGUGAUUUUCUGGAUUUUUUCUCUCUAAUUUUGUCUGUCAGAGUUGAAGUGUACCUAUGAUGAAAAUGACAGGCCUCACUCAUCUUUUUAAGUGGGAGAACUUGCACAAUUGGUGGCUGACUAAAUACUUUUUUGCCCCACUGUAGAUGAAGCCAUAAUGAUAUUUGUUGUCUUGGAUGCACUCUGAAUCAAACAGGAACACUAGCUAAUCAAGUCAAGUUGUAGUGUUUAUACUCAAAUAGUUAGGAGACAACUGGAAAAUAAAUCAACUUGAUAAUGCCCAGAUGAAAAAUUACUUUCUGCAUUCCCUAACAGUGCAAGGUACCUUUCCAGUGCAAUUUCUCAUUUGAGUUUUUAAUUAUUAUUAUUAUUAUUGUUUUUUUAAACAUUUUAUCAAAUGUGCCUUCAAACAUCUCAUGGAUAUAAACUGUAAUGUUAGCCUGCUCUGGUGAAAGCAGUCAAUUCAAGCAUUAUGUCCAAUACAUGUGUGUAGUGUUUACCCAGUGCUGUGUGUAAUAAAAUGACUGUGUAAGAA